AUGCUCAAAACAAGAUUUGAUAAUUUUCCAAAAGGGAAGAAUUUCUCAACUAUCUUAGGUGAUUUUCUUGGUAAAGGUAUCUUCAAUGUGGAUGGAGAUUUAUGGAGAUUUCAGAGGAAAAUGGCUAGUCUUGAACUUAGACGAAAUUCAAUAAAAUCAUUUGCAUUUGACGUAAUGAACAAUGAAAUCCAAAAUAGACUUAUCCCAUUAUUAGCUUGUGUAGCUAAUAGUAAAGAUGAGAUUGUCUUGGAUUUACAAGAUGUUUUUAGAAGAUUUUCUUUUGAUAGUAUUUGUAGAUUUUCCUUUGGAUUAGAUCCAAAGUGUUUAGAAUUAUCACUUCCAAUUUCACAAUUUGCUAUUUCCUUUGACUUAGCAUCACAAUUAUCAGCUCAAAGAGCUAUGCAUGUGUCUCCAAAAGUAUGGAAAAUCAAGAGAUUUUUCAACAUAGGAAGUGAAAGGAAGUUGAAAAAAGCAAUCAAUAAUGAAGUUGUUGGACUAAAUCAACAACUUACAAGUUGUGAACAAUUGAGAGAACUUCAUUAUAUGCAAGCAUGUGUUUAUGAGAGUAUGAGACUUUAUCCUCCAAUACAAUUUGACUCUAAGUUUUGUUUGGAUGAUGAUUUUCUACCUGAUGGGACUUCUGUUAAAAAGGGAACUAGGGUUACUUAUCAUCCUUAUGCUAUGGGAAGAAUGGAAGAAUUAUGGGGCGUCGAUUGUUUAGAAUUCAAGCCAGAGAGAUGGAUUAAUAAAGACGGUGUUUUUAUCGACGAAAAUCCUUUUAAGUAUCCAGUUUUUCAAGCUGGGGUUAGGGUUUGUUUGGGUAAAGAAAUGUCUAUUGUUGAGCUUAAAAGUAUGACUCUUUCAUUCUUCCGACGAUUUCACGUCGAAUUAGCUCAUCCAUCCCACCACAUUCCUCGAUUCUCUCCUGGCCUAACCGCCUCGUUUCGUGGCGGUUUGCCAGUAUUUGUGAGAGAAAUUAAUAGUACUUAAUCUUGAAAUUAAACAUGUUUUUGCUUGUGGACAAAUGUAAUUUUUUUUUUUUUUAAAUUAUUGUACCUUUCAUGUAAUGAAGGGCAUAAUAUUUUUCCCCUUUUGGCUAGUAUUGGCUUUUUAUGGGAUGACAUUAUUAUCAAUUUCAUAAAA